UUUAACAUAAGAAAUAAGGCUGAGUUUCAAACAAUGUAUAAAAAGUUACUUUUAUCAGUCUUUAUCUCCAUAUCUUCUACUGUUGGUCCAGGUAACUCGGCCACUCGGGGCAUCUCAAGAGCAGGCUGUUUAACGUUAGUAAGAGGUGAAUUAUAGAGGGGACAUCUACAGUCUAUAACUUAAAAAGCAAUUUUUUGAAUAUCAAGAGACAUGGGACUAGUUCAUGUAUACCCUUAAAAGUGCUCAACCUGAGAAAUAUAUCAACUUCCAUGAAGAUGUCAGACUCUGGAACACCCAAGGAAAUAAUAAUACCAAUUCCAUCUGGUCACAUUGCUGGAAAAGUAUGGAAUGAAGGAGGAAUACCUUUUGUAGGUCUCCAUGGGUGGAUGGACAAUGCAGGGACCUGGGACAAAUUGGCUCCUCUGCUUCCCAAAAAUGUCUCUUUGAUCUCCAUAGAUUUACCUGGUCAUGGCCUCUCAUCUCACAGGCCUUCCGGAACUUCACACCAUUUUUCAAACUUGUUACUUGUUAUAGAACGAGUCGUGCAGCACUUCGGGUUGAGUGAGGUGAACCUCUUGGCACACAGUAUGAGUAGUGGUGCUUCCAUAUUGUAUGCAGGAACUUUCCCAGAAAAAGUUAAGAAAGUAAUAAUGAUAGACCUCAUCAAACCCAUUUCAGUUGAUGCUACUGAUCAACCUCUGAAAACUGCUCAAGGAAUUGGAGAUCUCUUAGCAUUAGAAUCCAAAAUUGGAAGACUCCCACCACGUUAUGAAUUUAAUGACAUGGUAGACAAGAUGGUAAAAUCUUAUGGGGAUUCUUUAAGUGAGGAGGCUGCUAAGAUCUUACUUAAGAGAGGAUCAACAAAACAUGCAGACGGUUUGUAUUCCUUCAACUAUGACCCUCAGCUGAAAGCAAGAAACAUCUUUGGAAUGACCUUUGAACAACAGAAGGCAUUUGCAAACAGAAUACAAUGCGAGUUAUUGCUUAUCAAGUGUUCAAAUGGGCCAUUGUAUGAAAGCAUGGAAAUGUACAAUGAAAUGCUAAGCAUCUAUGAAAAAAAAGCUAAAAAAUAUAUAUACAAGAUCGUAGAAGGCAGCCAUCAUGUACACUUGAAUAACGCAGAAAUUGUUGCUCCCAUUUUGUGUGAGUUUAUGCAAAAUAAUGACAGUCUCGUUUCUUAAGAGAUAAGCACGGUUACCGGGUAUCUAAAUUAACUUUACCACUGAUAAGGGAAAUGGAAAUGUUAUUUCGUUUUCUAGCAUCGUGUAUAUUGUAAAACAUAUCAGAGUAUCAGUUUAACUGUAUUUUUGAGAACUAAAAGGUGAAGGAAAACUGCUGUGAGAAUUGGAUAAAUCCAUCUGUCUUCAACUUAUAAGAAGUUUAAAUUUGAUUAAUAUGAACUUGUUUGAGAAAGAUUUAACUAAAAUUUACCCAUCCCCUUUCUAAAGCUACACUGCCAUUUUCUGCUGUAUAUUAAGAUGACUGAUGUUGAAUAGUAUCUAAAGUUAACACUCGAUCACAAAGACCAAAGUGAAUGAUCACUUUAAUUGUAGUCAUUAUUGUAUAAAUGCAUAUACUGUACACUACUAUUGUACAUACCUCUGUAUAUUUUUAUUCAAGAUAAAUAUUCUUUUAUAGAUAUAGUUCUGUAUACAGUAUAUGUUUAACCACAGCAAGGCAAGGUCAGAGAACGUUUAGCUAUGUUAUUGUCCUGGUUUAGACUUCAUGUAUUUGCCUACUUAAUGGCCACCUAGACUAGAGGGACAUGUGUACGAUCCCUCCAUUGUUUUAGAUACAGUAGUCUUGUCUAGAGCUACAGAACAUACUGUAGUUGAAUGUUACAAACAUAACCAAAUUCAUUUUGUGACACACUGAUGGUUUGUUACAGUACAGUGUUUACAUAUCAGAACCUGUAAUACACUGUAUACACAAGUAAAUCAAUGUAAACAAUUUACACCUCUGGGUGCCGGAUUCGAACCAUGGCCACCACGUUUGAUGACCUUGGUUCAAACCCAUUACACAAAGGUGUAAAUUGUUUACACUACACUACAGUAUUUACAUGUUCCAGCUAUUUCCACUUUUUGUUGUUUAUUUACAUUUGUAUUGGCUUUAUUGCCUUAAUGCAUGCAAUUUCUUAUUUUCUUGGGAGCUUCAACUUACAACAUAAUACUGUAUGGCAAAUCUUCAAUUCUGCAAACAUUAUGUAUCUUUAGACAAAAAACUUGAAAAUCCCCAGUGUCAAGCUUUUCUGCCCUUCCUAAGGCCACACAUGAAAACCCAGUGCUGACCAAAUAUGCAUGCAACCAGUGGUCAAGGUGGUUAUAAAUUUAUCAGGGUCUGACCAGUUUGUAUGCAAUCACCUGCAACACAUUGGCAUCCAUGAGUGACCUUAUGGGAUGAGUAGUACUGUAUUGCUUCAGACAAGGGCAAGAAACCUCACUUAUUUAAAGGCCCUACUCUCAUCAAUGUCAAGAGUUAAUCAGACAGAUAAUGUUCUUAAGAGUGUAAUGGUUUCAGUAUGAGGAUUUCUCAUUCUCAUGAGAGUUGAGCUUAUACAGUAGUCUCAACACUAUCUACAAUACUGUACAGUAUAGCAUUGUACCAUCUUUUAUUUUAUUUCCCUACAUUUAACUAAUACUAAACUUGCCUCAUUUUGAAAUUUAUGAGUUUACAGUAUAUUAGGUAACAAUUCUUUACCCAUUUAUUUCGUAGCUGUAAACUACUUUUUCAAUGCUCAUAUUUUGGAUACUCCAAAGUUUUUUUGGGUGACUCAUUACUGAAAAUUGGAACAUGAAUUAUAAUUUUUGUAUGAAAUUGUUUUUUGUACAAUAAAUGAAUAGUUUUACAUUGUAUUGUAAGUACUGUAGUUAUAUAUUAUACAAAUGAAAUGGG